CCUCCCUCCUCGGUCUUCUGGCUCGCGGGCACCGCGGCGGAAGUCUCGCAAGCGGCUCGCGCGCCCCUCUUCAACGACUGAAGGAGAGAGAGGAGGAAGAGCAGCAGCAGCAUCAUGGCAGACGGCGCCCGCUCCUCCUUCUUCGGAGGCAGCAGCAGCAGCCGAGGCUCCAGCCCGGCGUCCAGCCCCUUGGUGGGCAGGGGCCCCAAGAGCCGCUCGCUGCCCACGCCGUCGCCCUCCUCGCCCGCGCUGCGGAGCCAGACGCCGCCCGCCUCCCCCAAGCAGCAGCAGCAGUCGGCGGCGUUGUCUCGUGUGAGCGCGCCCGGGCACGGCUUCAAGCGGGUCACCCUCACCAAGCCCACCUUCUGCCACCACUGCUCCGACUUUAUCUGGGGGCUGGCCGGGUACCUCUGCGAAGUUUGCAACUUUAUGUCUCAUGAGAAGUGCCUGAAGCAUGUGAAGAUACCAUGUUCAUGUGUUGCUCCAAGUCUUGUGAGGGUCCCAGUUGCACAUUGCUUAGGACCUCCAGGACAUUAUAAGAGAAAAUUCUGUGCUGUGUGUAGGAAGCCAUUGGAAUCUCUGGCAUAUCGCUGUGAAGUGUGUGAGCUCCAUGUACAUACAGAUUGUGCUCCAUUUGCUUGCAGUGACUGCCGUCAGUGCCACCAAGAUCAUCAGGAUCAUGAUACGUACCAUCAUCACUGGAGAGAGGGAAAUCUUCCUUCAGGUGCACGUUGCAAAGUCUGCAAGAAAACAUGUGGCUCUUCGGAGAUGCUGUCGGGUAUGAGAUGUGAAUGGUGUGGUGUCCUGGCUCAUGCUGCUUGCUAUGGGAUUGUACCUCCAGAAUGUACAUUUGGAAGACUAAGAAGCAUGAUUCUUCCUCCAAACUGCGUGCGCUUAUUUUCUCGCAAUUUCAGUAAAAUGCACUGUUUUCGGAUAUCAGAAAGCUUACAAACAGAAACAGAUGAUGAUGACGAUGUUGAUAAUUCGACACAAUUGUCACAGAAGGAAUCACAGACUUCAACAGACUCAAGCAAGCAGAUAUUAAAAAUAUAUGAUGGGAAUGAUGCAGUAAAACGCAACCAGUAUCGGCUUAUUACAGUUCCAAGGAUUGCAAAAAAUGAAGAAGUUGUGGAGGCUGCCCUGAGGGCUUACUACAUCAAUGAUGAUCCACAAGAUUAUGAACUCCAGACAUUCACUCAGCAGGGCUUGUUUUGUGAUGACAUAAUUAAUAGGAAUGAUACUACAGAAGAGACUCAAUCUGGAUCUGUAUUCCGAGAAGCUGUUCCUGAAGCUUGGAUCAUCAGAGCUAAACCCAGGGACAAUGAAGUCAUAAAGAUUUUUCCUGGUUGGCUGAAGGUUGGGAUGGCUUGCGUGUCAAUACGGAUAAAUAAGGAAAGCACUACUCAGACAGUAAUUAAAGAAGUUCUCCCCCUGCUUGGAUACCAGUUGGAAAACUUCCAGAAUUUCAGCUUGGUCGAGGUACUUAUGGGUUCCAAGCAAGUUCAACGGAUGGUGCUGGAUGAUCUUGAACUGAUUCUUGGCAGAUUCCAAGAUAUAAGAAAGACUUCGCUACGUCAGAUGAAUCAAACAAGGUUUUACAUUGUAGAAAAAAAUGCGUCAGUUGCACGAGUCCAUUUGUUUAUUGGUGGUCUGCCAUCUCAUCUCUCUAAUGAAGAAUAUAUGAACAUCCUCAAAGAUGAACUGGCCAUCAAAACAAAUGUAGUUUCAGUGAGUCAUGUAUAUUCUUCUCAAGGUGCUGUUGUUCUAGAAAUUUCAUGUUUUGCCGAAGCUGAAAGGCUGUACAUGCUUGCUAAGGACACCACUGUUAAUGAUAAGCUGUUAUCUUCAGUGGUCAUCCCAGAAGUUCUGCAAGCCAAGCUUCCACAGAACUGCUAUCCAUUGCUUGUAUAUGUGAAUCCUAAGAGCGGGGGACUUAAAGGCCGGGAUCUGCUGUACAGUUUUAGGAAAUUGUUGAAUCCUCAUCAAGUCUUUGAAUUGACGAAUGGAGGUCCACUUCCUGGAUUACAUACGUUCUCCCAGAUUCCAUAUUUCCGAAUACUUGUGUGCGGUGGUGAUGGCACUGUGGGUUGGGUUCUUGGUGCACUAGAAGAGAUCAGGCACAAGCUUGUCUGUUCAGAACCAUCUGUCGCCAUUUUACCUUUAGGAACAGGUAAUGACUUGGGUCGGGUACUGCGCUGGGGUGCUGGAUAUAGCGGUGAAGAUCCAUACUCCAUUCUAAUAUCUGUGGAUGAGGCUGUUGAUGUACUUAUGGAUCGUUGGACAAUCCUUUUAGAUGCUCAAGAACCUAUUGAAAGUUCAGAAAAUGGUGUGUUGGAGCCUGAGCCUCCUAAGAUUGUGCAGAUGAACAAUUACUGUGGUCUUGGAAUUGAUGCAGAACUUAGUCUAGGUUUUCAUCAUGCCAGGGAAGAAGAACCCGAUAAAUUCAAUAGCAGGUUUCACAACAAAGGUGUCUAUGUAAAGGUUGGGUUGCAGAAAAUGAGUCACGCCAGAAAUCUUCAUAAAGAAAUAAAACUUCAAGUGGACCAGCAUCAAGUUGAGCUUCCAAAUAUCGAAGGCCUUAUCUUCAUUAAUAUUCCCAGUUGGGGAUCUGGUGCUGACCUUUGGGGAUCGGAUAAUGAUAACCGGUUUGAGAAACCAAGAAUUGAUGAUGGUUUGCUGGAGGUUGUUGGUGUCACAGGAGUAGUUCACAUGGGACAAGUCCAGGGUGGGCUACGUUCAGGCAUCCGGAUUGCCCAGGGCUCCUAUUUCCGCCUGACACUUCUGAAACCGAUUCCAGUUCAAGUAGAUGGAGAGCCCUGGAUUCAGCCUCCUGGCCAGAUAAUUAUUUCUGCAGCGGGACCAAAGGUUCACAUGUUAAAGAAAUCAAAACAGAAACAGAAAAAAACUGGAAAUGCAAAAGAGUCAAGAAAUGAGAACCUGUCCGUCAGUGAAGUGGGGCGCUGAUAGAGGAAGAUAUCCCCAGAAGAAAUGCAGCACAUCUACUGUAGACAAAGUGGGUCUGCUUGGUAACGCUCUAUACAGUUCAGAUUAAGAAGCGUUGUUUUUGAGCCUACUGCUAUAUUCCGUUCUAUUGUACAGUGCCUAUCCAGUGGCUGAAAUAAGAUAUGUUGAUUCAUCGCAAAUUGGUCAGAGACAUUUGCUUUAAUCGCUUUUCCGUAAAAAAAAAUUAACCAUUUUUUUGCAAUGUGCAAAAAAGAGAAAAGAAUAAAGCAGCGAUCCAUUGUACUGUGCUUUUUUAAUGCAAUUUCUCACCUAUUCCUCUUUGGGGAGUCAAUUCUUUUAGGGCAGUAUAUUUGUUAUCCCUCUUUAGAAAAUGCACAUGCUAAUGUUUCCUGUGUAGGGAUUAAGUUAGCUCAGCCUUCUCAAGAGGAAAAUAAAGGUAGAGAAGAGGUGAUAAUUAGUAACUUCAUGUUUCUUACAUUUUGUGCAAUGUUGCUGUAAGUGGCAUGGGAACAAAUUGAUUUAAUUCAUCUACCUGCACAAUUUGCCAGUGUUCCUUCUAAGGUGGCACAUAGAGAGAUGCCACAACCUGCUUCUUUCCACAAUGCUCACAUUGCUUUCAUUCCUGGGACUGGGUG